GUUUACUGUGUACAUUGGCUUCGGGCAAAGGCUUUAAAGGAUCGUUGGGCGGAGGAGAUUUUGCUUGUGCAGCAUGAAAUGGAGUGGACUUGCAACUUUUUUGUUCACAAGGCUGAGGAGUGGAAACAUCUCAGUGUCAUUGCGAAGGAAGCCAAAAAACAAGGUUCAAUGACUUACGCAGGGAGGCAGGGAAAAAUCUAUGAAUGUUUGUUGGAGGAGGCUAGACUGGCAUUUCACCAG